UUAAUACAAAAGGAGUUUUUGACCACUUAACCCAUACAUUUUAGUUACUGCUUAUUUCAGUAUUCUCAAAAAAUGGUUAUUACUUCAUAGUUUUACAAGGUUUUUAAAAUCUCGAUUCUAGUCCAACUGGUUUAGUAUAAUUUUUUGUUAACCUUCACUAUGUGCUUGUGUGUUGUGAACAUUUUUAACAGCUAUUUUUAGUUAAAAGUGUACGUAAAACAUAAUAAUAUACAAUGUUUACCGAUUAUAUAUUUACACCUAAGUUGUACAAAGUCUAUACCGGAAUUCGAAGAAACGAUGACUAUGUUCAAUUAUGGCAAGAAAAAUUAGCAGACAAAAUAUUAACGACUACUUUCAUUAUUUCACAAGUGGCCACUUACCUUUCUCCUGCACUAUUAUAUAUGUAUGGUAAAUGGCUGUUAAGUCCAGAAUUUUUAAACAAACUAUUUUUUCGGGGAUCAAUAUUAGGUAUAACUUUGAUUACAACAUUUAUUUUAAGAAGUUAUGGAAGAGCUAUAAAUCCAAAGUAUACAGCUUUUUAUAAAGAUAUUCUUAAUGCUAAAUUGGAUUAUUCUACUGAUAAUAAGAAAAAACUGCACAGCUACGAUUUUGAUUUUUCAGCAUGGCCUGUAGACUUUUCAUGGACUCCUGCUGAAGAAAAAAGUUACAAAUCAAAUUUAAUGAGCAACAGUUUUAAGAUGUCAUUAAAACUUCUAAGUAGUCCUAGCCGUCUUAUUGGGUUUAUAGCAUUGCAUACUUUUGGAAUAUCAUUAAUUUAUCCUGGUUCUACUUCACUUUUAUUCUAUUUAAUGGAUGAGAACUUACAGAAAGGAAGACGAGCUUUAAUUACUUCAUUUGGAGGUAUACGAUAUAAAUUAAAAACUAUUGAUGGAAAUUUUGUAGAUUCAAUGUUCAUUGAUAAAAGGCAUUCAAAUAUAAAUUCUUUGAAUCCAAAAUUAAUUAUUUGUACUGAAGGAAAUGCCGGGUUUUAUGAAGCGGGAAUUAUGAGCUCAGCUAUUGAAACUCAUCAUUCUGUUUUGGGAUGGAAUCAUCCUGGAUUUGGAUAUAGUACUGGUGUACCAUAUAUAGAACAAGAAAGAAAUGCUGCAGAAACUGUAAUAGAAUUCGCUAUAAAACAUUUAAAAUUUAGUUCUAAAAAUAUUAUAUUAUAUGGUUGGAGUAUAGGUGGUUUUGCUUCCACUCAUUUAGCCAAAAAGUUCCCUGAUGUUCAUGCUGUGAUAUUGGAUGCUACAUUUGAUGAUUUGGCACCAUUAGCAAUUCCACGGAUGCCUAGUUUUGCUGAAAAACUAGUAGAUUUUACCGUAAAAGAAUUCACAAACUUGAAUGUGGCUGAAAAUUUAGUUCAAUAUCCAGGGCCAGUUCUAUUAAUUCGACGAUCUAGUGAUGAAAUCAUUGCACUUGAUCCCCAAAAUGUAGCUACAAAUCGAGCAAAUUACCUUCUAGAGUUAUUAUUAGAAAGAAGAUUUCCUAAACUUUUUUCAAAUGAAUCUCGAUCAGCUCUUUGGGUUUGGCUAUCCACAUCUGGUGAACAACAAAAUCAAGUACAUUUACAAUAUGAUGUUGAUUUAAACUAUCAAUCAAAACUAUUUCCAUCAUCCAGUAAAAAUUACCCAUUAAAUCUCGGUGAUGGUUGGAAAGAUCAAGAAAAAAUAAAAAUGUUACUAUACUUGGCUGAUUAUUAUAUGAAAGACUAUAAUUCCACACAUUGCACUCCAUUGCCAACACGUUAUUUGGGAUUUAUAAUUUAAAAAUGAAACAUAAGGUUACUUUGGUUGUAUUUAUUUUUGAAGAAGGCUAUCAUCAUCCAAUUUAAAGUGGCCCACAUUUUAAUUAUUAAUUACAAUGUCCAUGGAACUAUAUAAUAUACCUCUGUCACUGAUAAUCAUUAACAUGACAACAUAUUGCUCAAGUAUUGUCUUUCUAUCUUCAGUGUUUUCUCCUUCUUCAGCAGUCGACAGCCACCAGUAUGAACAUGAUAGUGUAGAAAUGUAUCUUUUUCAGGUAUACUACACAUAAUUUUUGGAAUAUAGUCUAUUCAAGACAAGAAUGCAGCUGAUCGCCCUUCUACCCCGGAGAAACAUCUAUAUUUUUUAUUUCUAAGUUCUUGUAAAAAUAAUAUAAUUUUUCACGAUUAACUAAUGCAUUUAUUUAA